UUUUGAAUUAAUCCGCCCUACUCCCCUUUUUCUCCUCUUCGCACACACAAUAUGCCUGUUCCGUUUUUUAUUUGUCUGUACCCUUCCUCUCUCUAACCUGCAACACCUCUUCAUCUUCGUUCAAGUGGUGAUCGAGGUUGUGGUAGGUGACGACCACCAUGGAAGCGAGUAAAACGUAUGAUUGCGACGACGAACUUGGGGUUCGCUAGACAUGGGAGGAUAUUUUCGGGCAGAGUCCUGGUGAAACCUCCACGCCAGCUGCGACAGAAGGCGGUGAAGAUACGACGGAGGGAGACAUGCAAGGCCAUGAACACACAAACGCGGCUGCGACGGAAGGAGUUGAACACACUCACGCUGCCACGCUAGGCGAUGAAAGCACGACGGAUGGGAAAGCAGUUGAGGCUGAGAUGCAGAUGAACAUAAUAACAGAGAGGAAGAUGUUAAUGCGGUUGUUUCGGAAGUAGGCAUGAGAUUUGAUACCACAGACGCGGUGUUUAAGUUUUACAAAACAUAUGGAAGAAGUUUAGGAUUUCCGGUAAGAAAAAGAACAUCAACAAAGGACAGAAAGAAAGGCGAGGUAGUGUCAAUUGUGAUAGAGGUUCACGGGCGGGAAGAAGAGGUAAGAAGGCACUAAACUGUUUGAAGCCUCAACCUUCAAUGCAAACAUCUUGUUCAACUAGAAUUAGAGCACGCACUACUUAUGUUGGGUCAUGGGAAAUUUCAAAAGUGUAUUUAAAUCAUAAUCACCCCAUGAGUCCCACAAAAUCUAGACUAUUUCGUUGCAAUAGGAAGUUGAUACCACACACCAUGAGAAAUCUUGAGAUUAAUGAAGUUGCAGGAAUUCCCGCUCACAAGAGUUUUAACUCCGUUGUUGUUCAAGCGGGGGGGCUAUGAUGCCCUACCUUUUAUUGAAAAGAAUUGUAGGGAUUACAUUGAAAAAAAUCGGGAGCUUAGGCUAGGAAGUGGUGAUGCAAUGGUUAUACAAGCAUUUUUUCUAAAAUGCAAGCACAAUGUCCCAGUUUCUUCUUUAGUGUUGAUUUAGAUGAUGAGUCACGCUUGAGAAAUGUAUUUUGGGCGGAUAAUAGAAGUAGUUAUGCAUACAAAAGUUUUGGAGAUGUCAUUACCUUUGACACAACCUACCUAACUAAUCGCUAUGAUAUGCCCUUUGCACCAUUUGUGGGAGUGAAUCAUCAUGGUCAAUCUAUAUUAUUUGGAUGUGGCCUAAUAUCAAAUGAAGAUACACAAACUUUUGUUUAGCUUUUUAAAGCUUGGCUUGAUUCUAUGGACGGUUGUGCUCCAAGCGGUAUUAUAACUGAUCAAGACCGUGUCAUGCAAAAUGCAAUUCAAAUUGUAUUCCCGGAUACUAGGCACCGUUGGUGUUUGUGGCACAUCAUGAAGAAGUUACCCGAAAAAAUGGGUGGGUUUGCGGAUAAAGAUCACACCAUGUUCAAGAUUCAUGAACUAGUUUAUGAUUCACGGCACACUAUAGAGUUUGAGGCUGGUUGGGAAGUUAUGCUCCAAAGGUUUUCACUAGAGCAUGAUGAAUGGCUGCUAGAUAUGUACAACGAACGUCGUCGUUGGGUGCCCUGUUACUUGAAACCUAAUUUUUGAACAGACAUGUCAACCACUGAACGAAGUGAAAGCAUGAACGCCUUCUUUGAUGGAUGGCGAAGAGACAUCAAAAGAGCUUACACACGAGUGAAAAUUAACUACGAUGAUUGGAUCACAACCGUGGAACAACAAAGGUUUGAUAAGUUGUGUAAGACUUUUGAGACCCUUGUGAACACCAUUGCUGAUGAUGAAGAAAAGUGCAACAGUGUAAUGAUGUGGCUUCAACGGCAAUUGGAACAACAUGACCGCCCUCCUUCUAAUUCUUCUAUAUGUGGUGUGAUGACACCAUUACCGCAAUCCGGAACUAGUGUGGCUAAGGACCAACCACAAAUAAUUUAUAAUCCUAGAUCUUCAAAAAUCGUCUGAAGGGGCCACUAGAAAAGGGGAAAACUAAGUCAAAGGCAAGUGCGCCAAAAAAGCAGCCCACACAGGACAUUGUUGUUGAUGAGUUGUUCACAGAUACAUAUGGUGUUGGUCAGUCUACACCAUACAAUAUAGGUGUGGUCAACAAUACAAUGACACUACAUUACCAAGACGGUUUAGAUUUGAAUCUUUCUCUCUUUUGAAUUAUUGGUGAAACCUGGUACUGAAAUGUUUGUGGCACAGACACCUCAUUUCUUUGUCUACAUUGGUACAUUGUAUUUAUGUAAUUAUAUAUGUAGUUCUAUAAUA